UCCCUUGGUGCGAUAGCCCGUUAUCGCCUGACACCCUUGGGAUUAUCACACCACCCGAGAACAAAUGUCGAAAUCUCGACUUGGGAGUUUAUAAAAUCCCUUACAUCUGAAGAUUGAGAUUCCAGACUGACUUCCUCGACAUACUUGAAGAUGAGAGCAACAGUCAUGUUGUCUCUCAAGACUCGGGUAGCAUGCCCGACAAGGAUGAUAUGCCGCCAAUAUUCGAGCAGCCCCAUACACUUCUUUCCGACUGCGCUGGCUCGCGCAGAGCGGGCAUCAGACCUGAAAAAAUACCCUCAAAGCGCUGUUUCCCAGGAGAAAAGUGAAGAUCGCAAGGGAAACCGGCACUGGACUGAGGAACAUGCUACGGAGAGUGAACGAGACUUGCAUUCCGACAGGGAAGCCCGAGAAGAGGCAGCGAAGAAGGAAUCGAAAAGCGAGCAUUCAUGAACUCGAUUGGGGGUUGAGUCAUCGAUUCUGCCUCCAAAAGCUGUGAAUGUUUCUGUUCUGGACUUAGGUGACAACUCC